GCCUUUUGGGCCACAUGGUUCAUGCCCAGACUCCCUUGCGGCGCACGCCCAGUGAGGCAAAGGAUGAAAGCUGGAGGCUUCCGUACUCUUACCUCACGCUCUCUUUGUGGAGGAUCUUAGGGCAUUCCCUUCUUCGCGAGGCGGCGCGCACGGAUGAUUUCGCGCUUGGAUCGCUAGGCGCUCGUGUCGACCCCUUGCCGAUCGCUCAGGAGGCCGUGGGGCGUGGCGGAUUUCGAUAUUUCGGCUUCGCGAGCUGGAUGAUCUGAGAACCUGGGAAGAAAUCCAUGGCGCGGGGAUGUUUCGAGUCUGUGGCCGAGAGCUGCUUGGCCAAGUCGUGUAUCGGCCCGAGCCGGAUGAAUGCCCGCUACAUCUACGCCAUAAUCUUCUUGCUCACCACUGUGGUGGCCUGGAUGAUCCGGGACUACAGCCAUGACGCAUUGGCUUCUUUGCAUUAUUUGAAAGGAUGCCAAGGAGGACACGAUUGUUUGGGCAGUGAGGGUGUUCUACGAGUGAGCCUGGGAUGCUUCGUGUUCUUCUUCACAAUGUAUUUGACGACUGUGGGAACUUCUAAACCCGACGACCCCCGUGACGCUUGGCACUCAGGCUGGUGGCCAAUUAAGAGCCUCUUCUGGAUCAUCGUGAUGGUGCUCCCAUUUUUCAUCCCAUCCGCAUUCAUUCAAAUGUAUGGUGAAAUGGCCAGGUUUGGAGCUGGAAUUUUUCUCGUUAUCCAGCUCCUCAGUGUCAUCAAUUUCAUAUACUGGUGGAACGAAGAGUGGCUCUCCGAGCAUAACGUCCGACGCUGCCAAAUACCGCUGGUCGUGAUUGCUGUGGGCUCGUAUAUACUUUCAUUCAUAGGCAUCAUCUUGAUGUAUGUCUGGUUCUCUCCACGGGCGUCCUGCGGCGUCAAUAUCUUUUUCAUCACAUGGACUUUCGUUCUCAUUUUAGUCGUGACGGCCAUCUCCCUGCAUUCGAAAGUCAAUGCGGGAUUGCUGACAUCAGGGUUGAUUUCACUGUAUCUAGUGUUUCUCUGCUGGUCAGCAAUUAUGAGUGAACCUGCUUCUGAGCUUUGCAAUACGCGAUCACGACAAACUGGGAAGGCUGACUGGCUAACUGUUUUGAGCUUUCUGAUAGCGUUCUUUGCAAUCAUCCUAGCUACAUUCUCUACCGGAAUAGAUUCGAAAUCUCUUGCGCUACCACACAGUGAAGAGGAGACAUCCGAGAAUGAUAUCCCAUACAGCUAUGGUUUCUUUCAUUUCGUCUUUGCGAUGGGUGCGAUGUACUUUGCGAUGCUGUUCGUUGGCUGGAACCUUCACCAAACAAUGCACAGGUGGAGCAUAGACGUCGGGUGGGCAAGCGUUUGGGUGAAAGUCAUAAACGAAUGGCUCGCUGCGGCAGUAUAUAUUUGGACAAUGGUAUGUGUCUUUGUUCUGAAGGGCAGGGACUUCUCGUAAAUUCCUUGUAAGUACCGUAAUCAUACAUGCACAGGCUAGCACUUUUUAGCUUUCUUCUGGUUUUCACCACUCCCGCUUCGAUAGUCACAGGAGCUUUACAUGAUGUACUUGAGUGUGGCGAGAAACUUGUGCUCGUCCUUGUUCUCUGCUGCAUCACUUGAGGUAGACUCUCUUGUACACAAACUUGGGAGCUCCUUCACCGACGUAGAGAUCGUUGGCUCAAAUACGCCACCAAAUCAAAGUUUCUCUUUUCCCCAAACUCCUCCAGUAGUUCCGCGGUGGUUCUAUGUAUUUCUUUACGAAAUCUUUCGUUAUGUUUCAAACUAAUUAUUAUUUAUCUUUAAUUGCAAAUACAAAGGAUGGAGAGAAUCCAUCGAAAAGAGUAA